GCGGCAGCGAUAUACCAAUCUCCAGUUUCCCGCCAUUUCCCCUUCUAUUUCCCGCCAAAUUCUUUCUAACAUUCUUCCCUCCUCCCUCCUUCACCAUAUUUUCUUCUUCCACAUCUCUGUGUCUCUCCCUCUCUCUCUCACUCUACCGAUCUCUCCACACUCGACGAAAUCAUGUCGAAGGGUUUUGAUUUACAAACAGACAAAGACCUAGCGAAGGAUUUUCUAACAAACUUUGCUGAUAUCAAUGGAGAAGCCAAAUACAUGAGCAUUCUUCAAGAGGUAGCUAACAGGAAGAUACGAGCAGUACAGAUUGAACUUGAGGAUCUCCUCGAUUACAAGGAUUUGGAUGAGGAGUUUUUUGGAAGGGUUACUGAGAAUACUCGACGAUAUCUUGGUGUUUUCGCUGAUGCCAUUGAUGAGCUUAUUCCAGAAGCUACAGAAGCAUUUACAGAGGAUGAUAAUGAUAUCUUGAUGACUCAAAGAGCUGCUGAUGGAAAUGAAAAUGCUGAUUCUGCUGAUCCUCAUCAAAGGAUGCCAAAGGAGAUUAAACGUUCCUUUGAAGUUUAUAUAAAAGCAUCUUGUAAGGGUCAGGCAAGGCCAUUUACUAUAAGAGAGGUUAAAGCUUCAAAUAUCGGCCAGCUUGUAAGGAUUUCUGGCAUUGUAACUCGAUGUUCGGAUGUUAAGCCUUUGAUGCAGGUAGCUGUUUAUACAUGUGAAGAAUGUGGUUUUGAAAUCUACCAGGAAGUAACUGCUCGAAUAUUCAUGCCCCUAUUUGAGUGCCCAUCUGAGCGUUGUAAAAUAAACAAUGCAAAAGGGAACCUCAUCCUUCAGCUCAGAGCUUCAAAAUUCUUAAGGUUUCAAGAGGCAAAAAUUCAAGAAUUAUCUGAGCAUGUCCCAAAGGGUCAUAUACCAAGGACAAUGACGGUUCAUUUUAGAGGGGAGCUUACAAGGAAGGUGGCUCCAGGAGAUGUCAUUGAGUUAUCAGGGAUUUUCCUCCCCAUUCCUUAUACAGGCUUUAGAGCAAUGCGAGCGGGUUUGGUUGCAGAUACGUACUUGGAGGCUAUGUCUGUUUCACAUUACAAAAAAAAAUAUGAAGAGUAUAAAUUAGAAGGAGAUGAGGAGGAGCAAAUUGCAAACUUAGCUGAGGACGGCGACAUCUAUAACAAGUUAGCUAGGUCGCUAGCUCCUGAGAUUUUUGGCCACGAGGAUGUAAAGAAGGCUCUUCUUCUUCUCCUUGUUGGUGCUCCUCACAGGCAAUUGAAGGACGGAAUGAAGAUAAGAGGUGACCUACAUAUUUGUUUAAUGGGAGAUCCUGGUGUUGCAAAAAGUCAACUUCUGAAGCAUAUAAUAAGUGUAGCACCCAGAGGAGUGUACACAACAGGUAAAGGAAGCAGUGGUGUUGGUCUAACUGCUGCUGUUAUGAAAGAUCCUGUCACAAAUGAGAUGGUUCUUGAAGGAGGAGCCCUGGUCCUCGCUGAUAUGGGUAUAUGUGCUAUUGAUGAGUUUGACAAAAUGGAUGACUCAGACAGGACUGCGAUUCAUGAAGUAAUGGAACAGCAGACUGUGAGCAUUGCAAAGGCUGGUAUCACUACUUCUCUCAAUGCAAGAACUGCAGUUCUUGCUGCGGCAAAUCCUGCCUGGGGAAGAUAUGAUCUACGAAGAACGCCAGCAGAGAAUAUCAAUCUUCCUCCUGCCUUGCUAUCUCGUUUUGAUCUCUUAUGGCUAAUUCUAGAUCGAGCUGAUAUGGAUAGUGACCUUGAAAUGGCUAGGCAUGUUGUCUAUGUGCACCAGCAUAGUAAAUCUCCUGCUCUGGGGUUCGCUCCACUCGAUGCAUCUGUUCUUAGAGCAUAUAUCUCUGCUGCUAGAAAAAUUUGCCCUCACGUUCCAAAAGAGCUGGAGGAGUACAUUGCGACUGUCUACUCUAGUAUCAGACAAGAUGAGGCUAAAUCAAAUGCUCCUCAUUCCUACACCACUAUAAGAACUCUACUAAGCAUUAUAAGGCUUUCCACUGCACUGGCAAGGCUUAGAUUCUCUGAAGUCUUGGCUCAGAGCGAUGUGGAUGAGGCACUGAGGUUGAUGCAGAUGUCUAAAUUUUCUCUAUAUUCUGAGGAUCGUCAGAAAUCUGGUCUGGAUGCUAUUUCUGACAUAUAUUCAGUUCUGCGGGAUGAAGCUGCAAGGAUGAAGAAGAUGGAUGUGAGCUAUGCUCAUGCACUCAAUUGGAUAUCCAGAAAGGGAUACACUGAAGCUCAGCUGAAGGAGUGUCUGGAGGAAUAUGCAGCUCUGAAUGUGUGGCAGAUCCAUCCCAACACAUUUGACAUUCGCUUUAUUGAUGCUUGAUAAUUUAUUUCUGUUGCUGUAAAUGAUAUGCAUUAACAGGUCUCGUCAUGUUAUAUUCAAUAGGCUGUGCUCGCCUGAAAUUUUACAUUACUGGUGAAUUACUACUGAAUCUCUUUAUCAUUAAGGAUUUCAUUAGGACGGUAACAUUAGUGUUUGUGACAUGUUGAACCUCAGCUGUAUGGAGUUGAAGUGUAACCAGACUCUCAUCUUCUCUAAUUUCCACCAUGGUUAGCCAAGGUUUGUUAGUAUGCAAUUUUUUCCCUC